UAAAUAAAAUUGAUAAUAUCCAGUUUUUUAGUUUUUUUUAUAAUUAUGUACAUAUUAAUCAUUAGAACGUAACAUAAAGAGGUGAGAGUCUGUCUCUGGUAAUGUUUGUACAUUUGUGUUUGUGGUGCUGUACGUGGAAGUUGUUUCAAUAAUCUAUAAGAUUUUCACGAAAUGGAUAAUACCCAACAAGAAGAUGAUAAAAGAUUCCAUCAUUAUCAUGGAAAUAAUAUCAUGCUUUCUGAAGACAACACAGUUGCGCAUCGUACAGCGGACUUCGGCAAUUCACAAAUUUACAGCAGUAAACCGUUAUUUCCCGGAGAAUUAUUUCUUGUCGAAAUUAUAGAAAAUCAAAGGCGGGGUUGGUGUGGACAUUUGGACAUUGGAUUAUCUCAUAAAAACCCAAAUGUACUUGCUAGCAACCCUGAAGUUCAAGAAAUAGGUGAAUCAUAUUUGCCUUUUCCACGUGUUGAAUGGACCAUUGGUAUUUCAAAAAGGGAAAUUCAGGUAGCCAGAAAGAAUAUUUUGUAUAGAAAUAGUAUACAUAUACCUAAAAAUGUAAGCUAUGAUAGCAAAAAUAUAAGAACUUGUAGGGGUGUUAUUCCAAGAUAUUGUCUCAAAUCGAGUAGAGCACAAGAUGGAAAAAUUGAUGCAAGUGAUGUAGGCAGUAGAAUAGGAGUAAUGUUCAUUCCAACAUCUGAAACCAUAGCAGAUAUGCAUGUAAUCAUCAAUGGAAUAGAUGAAGGACCUUUGUACACAGAUAUACCUUAUAGAGAUGCACCUAUAUAUGCUACAAUUAACUUACGUGGUUCCACCAAGAAAAUCAAAAUCAUACAAUUGUCAUAUGUUCCAUCACUGAAAGCAGCUUGUAGGAAUUCCAUCAUUCAAAGUAUGCCAGAGAGUAUCAUUCAUAGGUUGCAACUUCCUAAAGAAUUGAAGAAAUUUCUAUUAUUAUAAAUUAAAUAUUUUCAGAUAUAUAAUUUUCCUAUAUAUGUACAUAUUCAUCAAGUUUUAUCAAUACUCAAAUUCUUAAACAUUAAUGUUUAUAUCUUAUUUUUUUUUAAUAAUAUUUUUAUAGAAUUGACUUGUGAAAUUUCAUAAUGUGAUAGCUUCUGUGAUCAUAGUUUUUAACAUUUGUUUAAUGUUUUCAAAUUACAUAUAUUUAAUGAAUUUGUAAGUUAUUUUUAUUUUGUAUUAAUUCAUUAUUGAAUAAAAUAAUUAUUGGAACUAAUAACCAAGAUA